AUGCCAGAGAAGCAUCGUCCCGAGUUCUACGCCUUUCGCUGCGCAGGAGCUCAGAAGCGGAAUAAAAAAUAUAGAGGCUGGUACAUGUGGCCCUAUAUCAAUGAGCAGGAUCUAACUGCGCGAGAUUCUUUGCUCCUAUUAAUCAAUUCACGCGCAUUUCACACUCCCUCUAAUUUUGUGGACGGCGAUUUGGCUGCGAUGAAAUUCGGGUUGGAAAUGGGAAUCUUGAAAUCAGUUCCCCUGCCAGGAUAUCGCAUGACCCUCUUGGAUUCUGAGAACAUUGAAGACUAUGGAAGGCUGGUCGAUAUAUCGACAUAUUCAGAAGGGGAGAUUUUAUGCCUUGACGAGAAGCGGAUCAGCCCGUACUACGGCAUUCUCAUCUUCGAGGCACCAGACAGGCUCAUGGAGUUUCUGGUAAAUUGCUGCAAGAAAAUAUUGCACGACAUUCCGGAGGACACUCUAAUCUCAGAUGGAUUCCUAAUUAUAGCCGACACACCAAAGCUGUUGAAUAACAGUGACUUAUAUGAUCCUGCUAUAAUGGCAGCAGAGGCCCCUUACAGAGUCCCGGCAAGACCCAACUUCAAGCAAAUCGGAUUGCUGCUUGGUGCCAAAGUAGCAGAGCUAAAGGAUCGUGUCUCGAACUUGCGUGAGGAUCCGAUUUGCUUUGCUAUUGCCAUGCAGGUGAUGAAAGACCACUCACCAAAGGAGUUGGAAGGGAAUAAGGGACAUGAUUUGACCAACGGUCUACAGUUUCUCAUUUCAAAGCUCUACGCCGACUUUGAGUUCUUUGCAGAUUUGUACGAGCAAGUUCAACAACUGGAAACGUUACACGCCAAAUAUGAAGCAGACGUCCUGCCGUUCAAAGAUGUGCCCGACGAGAUUUUGUCCGCACUAUACAAGUACCAGAUGCGUCUUUGGGAGACGGUGAAUAUUAGGCGAUCGGCUCUCAGAGCAGUUGUCCAGAACUCUCCCGAAUGGUUCCGGCAUUUUGCUGAUGGCCGUCCAAGCCUAUCUUCUUUCCGAUCCGACCUAGUAAAUUAUAAAUCGAGUUCAGUUCGCCGCCACUUGAUAUGGCUGCUUCAGUGUGUAACUGAAUUUGAUCCAAAGUUACCCAGCCUUGCCAAUGCUGUUCAUUUGAUCUUGCCUCUGAUCAUGGAUGAAAUAGAGACUCUUCGAGAAAAUGAACCAGAGGCAUGGGAGCUCACGUCUUCUCUUACGGGAGAGAUUAUAGACGAGCUAGCAAUCCUUGCGCAGUGUAUGGAGCAAGUCGAUAUGUAUCUUCGACGGACAAGAAGCUACAAACGCUGCGAUGAAGAAAAAGAGAACACAUGUAUUCAUCAACUUACCAAAGAUAUGGAUCACAUUUAUUCUCUCCUCCAAUUAGAGGGUCAUCUUUAUGAUGACAUCGUCGGAUUGGCGGAUACUGCCACCAAGAAACUGGUAUAUCCUUGGGACAAACGCCGGACGAAAGACAACGUACAGGCGAUGCAGAAGGCUGAACAGGACUUGGAUAAGUUCUGGAACGCAGCCGAUUCAGCCAUGUUUGCCGCAAUUGAAAACUUCCGUGAAUCGCUGCUUGGGCAAUACAUAAUAAGCGUACAAGAGAAUCUUCAACGGACGCCAGAUUGGGCCGGGGAAGAACAAUCUAUAAUACCGAGGGCCGUCAGACAAAGGAAUGCAAGUCAGGAAGAGACUGAAAUCUACAGGCCUCCCUUUGCGCCUUGCGAUGACCAGAGCGACAGUCCUAAAAAGUUGAAGCAAGAUGGUCGUCAAGGCGUUCAGGUCAAGGUCAAGACGAAAGGACAAGCUCACAAAGCUUUUAUGCCAAAUGAUACAAAUCCUUCUGAAGAAGUUAUACCUGAAAUAACCCUCGUCAUGCCUGUGGACACACGAGCACUGGAAGUUUUCCGUGUUCUCUUCUACAAUCCAGAUGUGACUUCUUCACCGGGGGAGGUUCCAUGGAACGACUUUAUCCAUGCUAUGGUCUCUACAGGAUUUUCUGCACAGAAGUUGCAGGGAUCAAUUUGGCAGUUUAACAGGGUGAAUGAUGACAGGCAACAGACGAUUUUGUUCCACGAACCUCAUCCGCACAAAAAGUUGCCUUUCUAUGUUGCACGAUCCAUGGGAUGGAGAUUGAAUAGGCACUUUCAAUGGUCUUUGAAGAAUUUCGAGUUGAAAAAGAAACAGAUAGAAGCUUUGUGA